GAAAUCAGCCCUCAUCAGCCAUGGGUCUGGAGGGGGAAUGAAAUGUGUCAAAUAUCUGCUUUUCUUUUUCAACUUUGUAUUCUGGGCAUGUGGUCUAGCAAUGAUUAUUGUGGGGAUCAUCGUUCAGGUGACUCUGCACAACACCUUAAUGAUCCGUGAUCCAUCAGCCUCAGGAGCCCCCAUCGUGAUCAUUGUAGUUGGUGUGAUUAUUUUCUUCAUCGCCUUCUUUGGCUGCUGUGGAGCCUGGAAGGAAAACUACUGCAUGGUCACCAUGUUUGCCGUCCUGCUCACACUCAUUAUCCUCAUUGAGAUUGCAGCAGCCAUUACUGCAUAUGUCUUCAGGGGGAAAAUCAAAGGUAUUGUCAGGGAUAGCCUCAAUAACAUGAUUGAGGACUACAACAAGAGUGUACCUGGAUUCAGAGACACUGUGGAUAAGCUGCAGGAGGGCUUGAAAUGCUGUGGUGUCAGCAACUACUCUGACUGGGAUCACUACGGACUGAGACUCACUCAGGUGCCUGACUCUUGCUGUGUGAAUGUCAGUAAAGACUGUGGAAUUGAGGCCCUGUCAAAGCCUACCAAACUUCACAGUAAGGGUUGUCAGGCAGCUUUGGAGGAAUUACUGCAGAAAAACAUCCAGUGGGUGAUAGUUGCAGCUCUUGUAAUUGCUUUCUUGCAGAUUAUGGGCAUUGUGUUCGCCUGCAUAUUGAUGAGAGGCAUCCACAGUGGCUACGAGGUCAUGUGAUCCCCCCCCCCCCCCCCUCACACCCAAGAAACAGUUUGUUCAGGGCACAUCUGUUUGGAGACUCAUUUAGAAACGUUGGAUAUACUCAUCUGACAGCUUUAGUUAUUGAUGCACAAAACAAUGUUUUCAUUUAUAUUGAUUAUCAAAUAUUUCAUAGUUUAGCAGUGCCAUUCUUUAGAUGCUGAAUGCGGUUUGGAAGGCAAAAUGACAUUUGUUAGGUUUUUGUUUUUUGAUCUGAUUUGAUGUUAUCUUAUUGGUUUUGAGGAAUUCUAACAUCUUUUACUUUCUUUGUACUGUUAUAAACUUUGAAUCUAUUUGACCUGAAUUGUUAUCUUGCUGGUACCCAGUAUCUAUUUUAUAAAUAAAGACCCUUUACAUUUACAUUUGACUUUAACUGAAAUGUAAAGUCAAUGACAAAUGCUUUUUAAAUCUUCAAAUAAUUUCAGUAUUUAUUUCAGACACAGGCCCACAUGUUAUUGGCGGAGCAAUACAAUAUUCAAAAGUCAACAUAUUUCAGAAGAUUCAUAUUCAUUCAACAGAAUGUUUGCAACUCACAUUUCAAGUGUAUUGCGCACAGGAAGUAACACAUUUUACCUUUUGUAUUACACCUGCAAAAGUGGUGUGCACUUCCUCUUUGUACUGACAUUCUGCUGCGCCACCCCCCCCCCCAAACAAA